AUGGUAUUACAAUUAUUAGGACCAGUAGGAAAUAUUCACACUAAUCUGGCAUUAGUAACCGCUGAGUUUUGUAACGUACCUAUAAAUCAUGUAUAUGUAGAAUACAAAGAAGCUAUGGGGAAAGAAUUCAUGAAGAAAUAUCCAAUAGGAAUCGUCCCAAUAUUAAUAACAGAAGAAAAGGAUACAAUAUAUACUAUAACUGCGAUAAUAAAAUAUAUAGUAAGAGCUAGUUAAAAAUUAUAAGGAAAAAACGGUUUAGAAGAAACUAAAAUAGACUAGUUUUUUGAUAUGGCGAUUAAUAGUUUAUACAGCGCAGUUACUGAUGUUACUAAUAGUAUUUACGGAUAUAAGGCUUAUGAUGAGAAUACAGUAAAAAAUGGAAAGAAAUAAUUCGAAAAGUAUUUGAAGUUUUUUAAUGAUUAAUUAAAAAUUGAUGUUUUUUUGGUUGGAUAAAAAUUAAGUAUUGCAGAUAUUGCUUUAGCAGGAGUUCUUCAUUUUGCAUUUAGAGUAGCUUUUGAAGAAAAAAUCAGAUUAGAUAAUCCACAUUGUUUAAGGCAUGUUAGAUAUAUUAGCACACUUUAACCUUUUAGCAAAUAUUUCGGAAGAUUUAAUACUGUUUAAAAAGAAUGGGAAGCUUUUAAAAAAGAAGGUUAAGUGAAAAAUGAUAACAAUAAAAAAGAAGAAUAAGAAUAAAAAUAAAAAUGA